ACAUUUGUCGGAAUGGUAACCGAGGAGAAUGAAAUUACUCUUGUCGAUAAUCGAAAAUCCGAAUAAACUAUCCUUAAUUCUUAAUUUAGUGGAGAAUGUCAUUUAACCGAACAAUAUUAAGCGUCAGUUUUUAACAGAAGUAAAUUUUUAGUAAGUUUUUGAAUAUUUUAGUUCCAGAGACCAACUGUGACGGGAAAUUUAAAUGUCAACGUUCAUUUGUAGGGUAAAUCAGUUCAUGCAGAACGAGAAACAGUUGCGAAGUGUGUUGUAGAAUUUUGAUGGUGGUACGAAUCAUUGAGGUUAUUGGUUGGUUGAUGUUUUGCGAUGUUAUGUUGAAAUACGUUAUUGUCAUGAUAUUUUGUGUUCAUGUUGAUUGUUUUUUGACUUGAACUUUUAUAUCUCAAAGAGUGCUGUUUUUCUGAUAUUGCCUACUUACGUACCUAGCUACUUUGGUUGAGAAUAUAGUUUUUAAUUUAAUAUAGAUUUUUUGAUAUUAUGGAUAUGUCAGUAGGGAACUCGGAGCUACAUACAUGUGCUGAUAUGAAAGAGCUAUUUCAGUGCUGUAGACGAGGUGAUGCAUCCCGUGUUGUGUAUUUAGUGGAAGUAAAAGAUGUGAGUGUAAAUGUUCGGGAUGAAUGGGAUAGUACACCAUUGUAUUAUGCUUGUUUGUGUGGACAUAUAGAUAUAGUGAAGUAUCUUCUAGCUUCUGGGGCUCGCUGUGAAGCAAAUUCUUUUGAUGGGGAGAGGUGUCUGUAUGGAGCUCUUACAGAUCAAAUUCGCAAAGUACUACUUGAAUACAAGGUUGUGACUAGUCAAACUAUACGACGUGAUAGCUACCAUGAAUUCUUACGUCGGUUACUUGAAUUGGGAGAGUUAAGUGAUGUCACAUUUAUUGUUCACGGUAGUAAAUUCUUUGCUCACAAGUGCAUUUUGGCUGCAAGAUGCUCUUAUUUCUGCGAAAAAUUUGAGAAUAAGUGGAAAAACAGAUCAACUAUAGUUAUAAGUAAUUAUCUAGUCAAACCCAGUGCCUUUAAGUGUUUGUUGCAAUAUCUUUACUGUGGAAGAUUGGAAGCGCAUAUAGACACAGUCGACGAUUGUAUUCGUCUUGCAGUUCAGUGCAAACUUCCUCUGUUGAAAGAAGAAUUGGAAAAUAUGGUGAGAAAAGUGGUUUCUUUUGAAUGCACAAAGCCAGGGACAAAUGUUCAGAUGUUAAUGCUGGAAUCAGAGGAGCUUCUAAUGGAUGUUCAACAAGACUUAGGAGUGUUGGGUCUGCAAGCUGUACCUCAAGACUUCCGUACUUGGGCAUGUGCUUCAGAAUUGCCAUUAAUGCCAACUGUUCCAUUGCAUUUGGUUGACCUUUGUUUCACAAUUGAAGAACACAAAUUCUGGUGUCACAAGGUGUUUUUUUGUAGUCGUAGUGAAUAUUUUGGUGCAAUGCUUCGGGAUCAUUUUAGUGAAACUGAAAUUGAUGUAGAAUGUGGUGCUCCUAUGAUAGCAAUAAAAAAUAUUCCAGUCCAUGCGUUUGCUGCAGUAGUAUAUUAUAUUUAUACUAAUUUUGUUCAAGUACCCCAAGAAUACAUCAUUGAUGUUCUUUUAGCAGCAGAUAUGUAUUUACUCCCAGGUUUGAAGAGGGCAUGUGGAUUACAGUUGAUUGCUUACCUCAACAUUUAUAAUGUAAUAUCACGAUUACGUACUGCUAGAUUAUUUCAGCUUUCAUUUCUAGAAGAUCAGUGCACGAAGUUUAUUGCAGACAAUAUUGAAAAGAUGAUUGAUGAUGCCUCUCUUCAUGAAAUCAUUCUUCAAGAUGCACAAGAAGUUCGAGGGCGACAAGAAACUGACAGUAUUCCAGUUGUGGAUGAUAUUCGAUACCAUAUUAGUAGUGAUGUAAAUGGUUACAGUGAAAUGAGUGAAGCAAGUGAAAAAUUGAAAAUUAUUGACAAAUUACUGGAGGAUUUGGGUUUAGAUGCCUAAUUUAUAGUUAUCUUUUUUGGUGUUUUGUUUUACUGACUUAUAAAUUUUAUCUUUGUUAUAAAUAUUCCAGACACAGUUUAGUUAUGAAAAAUACAUAUUUUAUGUGUUGACAGCUGUGAUGUUCAUACUUUACAUUAUGUUAUAAUAAAAUAUGAAUAAAAUGUUGAUCUAUGUUUAUACUUCCAGAAUAUAAUUU